AUGGCUCCGGUAUCGGCUGUUGUGAGGCAUUCCCUCCGGAGCAUCAUGAUCAAGGCGACGACGGGUGCCGACGCCCCCCCUGAUGGUGCCUCGGGGGCUUCGGAUGGCCCUCUCGGCGAGGCAGGCCGCGUGUUUGCCCGGGAUGGCAAGGAGACGCCGAGUCCCUCACACGGCGUGCUGGACCCCCACGACAUCAACAAUGUCGGCUUCUUCGUGCUCUUCGCGCUGAUUGGGGCGGCGUUUGUGGUGACGGGCAUCUGGUUCUUCUUCUGGGCCAAGAACGGCGGGUUCCAUUUCAAGGAGAACGACUGGGAGGAGUACAAGUCGACGGUGCUGAGGCGCAAGGGCCCCAACGGCACGGUGCUGUCGGGGGCGACCAAGACGACCAAGCUCGGGGGCGGCAGCGUGUACAAGGACGUGGCGGAGGACGACGGCACGACGGUGGUGACGGCGAGCACGGGGCUGAGCGGCGUGACGGCCGGGGCCAGCGACAUCGCGGCGCGGGAGAAGCGCAAGGCCAAGCAGGAGGCGAGGGACCGCGAGCGGCGCAAGAGGCGCGGCGAGAAGAAGCGCAGCAGCGGCAGGCGGCACGUGGGCGAGGACGGGGUGACGGACGAGAUGGCGGAGAAGGAGGCGCAGAAGGAGCUGCGCAACUAUCGCCACGAGAAGGCGGCGCGCGUCGGCGGGCUGAACAAGGAGUCGGACGGGUCGCAGUGGGACGGGUCGACCAACCCUUCGGACUCGACGGUGUCGUCGGAGCUGCUCUCGGGCCGGCAGGAGGCGACGCCUACCAAGAAGCCGGCGCCCAUCCGCAAGGUGUACUCGACGGCGGACCGGAACGCGGCGCGCGAGUCUGAGCGGAUUCGCUCCGAGGCCCGGCGGCUGCGGGAGGAGAGCAGGGUCUCGCGCCGCGACUUUAGCUACAACCGGCCGGGGGCGGCGGAGAGCAGUGCCAGCGAGAGUCUGCUGGAGGGGAGCGACCUGGGCAACAAGACGUACUACCACCCCAUGCCGGAGUUGAGGGCGCUGAGGGAGCAGCAGCGCGAGGAGAGGAGGGCGCGGCGCGGCGGACUCUCUUUGUUGGCUCUUUCAGGCAUUUGUUUAUUAUUGGCACCAGACCUCUGGCGUUUGCUGUCGCCCCAUGCUGCUCCCAGACCGGCGGCUGAAGCAGCGCUUCGGGACCCGCCCAACUUGGACUUGGCUUGGCGAUCAAUAUUCCCUCUUCUCGCAUUCUCUCCCACGCACACACUCGCCCUCUCUGGUGGCGAAGAUCGAAUCCGGCCAAUCCGACGGCCCGGCACCAGUCCGUCACCACGCCAGUCUUCCGUCACCACGAUCCACAUCCACCUCGCUCAGCUCGCCCAGUCCCCAAUCUCCAAUCCGCAAGCAUUCAACUUCCAUCCGUAUCCUAAUCCGCUGGCGGUCGCUUCAUCCUUUGUCCUUCGUCUCUUACCUCUCUCAUUCUUCUUGACCGCCUCAGCCAUCGAGUUCCGAUACUUGACGUCUUGUCGCCUGUCCCUCCUCCGUCCGCAAGCCGGCGAAUACAGCCAGUCAGUCACAGCCAUCGUCCGUCAUUUGCCCGCCUCUCCUUCGACCUUGCGAGCUUCUUUUUCUUCCCUCGCCGAUACCGCAACCUACCUGUGCAUCCUGCGUCCCAUACGCACCAACAGAGCGCUUCGUGUUUCUCCUCUCCCCGCGGCGGCCACCGCCACUGUCGUCUUGUCGCCGCCGACUUUAAUCUCCCACGCGACUUUCUUCUUGACCGCCUCAGCCAUCGAGUUCCGAUACUUGACGUCUUGUCGCCUGUCCCUCUCCCGCCCGCAAGCCGGCGAAUACAGCCAGUCAGUCACAGCCAUCAGCGCUUCGUGUUUCUCCUCUCCCCGCGGCGGCCACCGCCACUGUCGUCUUGUCGCCGCCGACUUGAAUCUCGCAGGCGACUGGCCUGGUGGUCGCAUCAUCAAUAGUUCAAUGCCACACAGCAACACCACACCUCACUGCAACUACAACUACACCAUGGCCAUCAGCAAUCCGCCCACCUCUGCCUUCACCGGCGUCAUCAUCGGCCUCGCCUCCUCUUUCGGCUCCAUCGUUCUCAUCGCCCUCGUGGUCUUUGUGUUCUGGGCUUCUGGCUGUGCGGGCUCGGGACGCAUUAUCCUCGAUCGCCUCGGCCGGCCCGGCGAGUAUGAUGACGAGCAGGCCUUUUUGCGGGAGGAGGCCGAGGCCCUGGAGACCAUGGACGACAUGGCCCGCACCGAAUAUCUCAGAGCAAAGGCAUUCGUCACUGCCAAUCCGCCCGAGUCGCUGCAUACCGACAUUUCGCUUUCGCAAUAUCUAGCUAUUCAGGAAAAGGGGGUUUCGGCCUGGGAGUUUGAGCCAGAGCUCGAGGUUGCCAACUGUUUUGUCGAGGCCCGUACGGAAAUCGAGUUCUUCGACUCCGAGUGCACCGUCAUGUGCAACCUGCCUGUUCCCAAGCAGAACGACGUCUACUACUGGGAAGCCAAGAUUUACGAAAAGCCCGAGAAUACCCUGCUGAGCAUUGGAAUGGCCACAAAACCCUAUCCGCUGUUCCGACUGCCCGGUUAUCACAAGUAUUCCGUGGCAUACCAUUCGGACGGCUCCCGCCAUUACAACCAGCCCUUUAGCUCUACGCCAUACGCUCCGAAACUGGUCCAAGGCGAUGUUGUUGGUGUGGGAUACAGACCUAGAACCGGAGCCAUAUUUUUCACACGAAACGGCAAACGAUACGAAGAGGUUGUCCACGGACUCAAGUCGCAAAACUUCUUUCCGGCUAUCGGUGCCAACGGUCCCGCCAUUGUACAUGUCAAUUUGGGCCAGUCUGGGUUUGUCUUCAUCGAGGCCAAUGUCAAGAAAUGGGGUCUGGCUCCCGUGACGGGUAGUUUGGCGCCGCCGCCGCCGUACGGGUCUGAGCAGGGAAGCAUUCUGUUGGAGACGGGCACCAAGGAUGGCGCCGUGUCUGGUCAGGGAUUGCCACAUCGCCAAUCCGUCACGGGUUCGCCGUAUACAGUUGCCGGUGGAAGAAGAAACUUGAAUCCCAGCCACGGCCGUACACGAAGCGGCAACUUUCGAGUCCUUCCACCAACAAGCCCAGGCCCUGUGCGAAGUCCGACCGACAUCUCGCUUGCGCAGCUCGUUCCCAACGAUGAAGGCGGUGAAGCUAGUGGCAGCACCGGCCAUCAGGAGGCAUAUCACGACAACAACCCGCUGCAUCUGCACCUUGAAGACGCCACUAAUCCUCCUCCAGACUAUUCCAGCCCAACACACUCGGAUGCUGGACAGGAUCGACGACGGUAUAGCACCGACAGUGAGGAGAACACGCCCUUGAUACGAGUAAUAAACCGAAGCCGCGGAGACUCGUCUGCUACCGCGACAGCAAGACCACAACAUACACCCAGCGGACCAGUCCCAAGCUACAGUGACGCCGUCCGGGAUGGUGCCGGAAUCCAGCGCAGUGACAGCUCGGAAUCCGACUCAUCAAAUGAAUCGUCAUCGUCAUCGUCAUAA